UGAACAGAAGAAUAUUAAGCAUUGAUAGGGUUGUGAAAACGCAAUAAAAGUUUAUGAGAAGUCAAUAUAUACCUGAGCAAUUUUCUCCGAUCAUUACUUUAACAGCCUUGCCCAGCUCCAACACAACAUAGCAAACAGAACGGGCUAUGAGCUAAGAUGGCAAAGAAGAAAUUCAGUGGCUUAGAAAUCUCUCUGAUUGUGCUCUUUAUCAUCGUAACGAUAAUAGCUGUUGCUCUUGUUAUUGUUUUAGCUACAAAGGUGCCUGCUGUGGAAGAAAUACAAAGUCCAACUCCCAGUCCUGGAAGAUGUCCCACCGCAGAAGAUGAUCCGAUCAACGAGAGAAUUAACUGCAUCCCAGAACAACUUCCAACAAAGGCACAGUGUGAAGAACGUGGCUGUUGCUGGCGCCCAUGGAACAACUCCAUCGUUCCUUGGUGCUUCUUUGUCAAUAACCAUGGCUAUAACACUGAGACAGUAAACAUGAAAAGUACUGGACUUGAAGCCAAAUUGAACAGGAUAUCUUCCCCUACUCUAUUUGGAGAAGACAUUCAGAGUGUCCUCCUUACAACUCAGAGUCAGACCAAGAAUCGUUUUCGCUUCAAGAUCACAGAUCCAAAUAACAAAAGAUAUGAAGUGCCACAUCAGUUUGUACAAGAAGUUCCUGGAAUCCCAGCUGCUGACGCACUUUAUGAUGUUCAGGUCUCAGAAAAGCCAUUCAGCAUUAAAGUGAUCAGGAAAAGCAAUGGCAGAGUCUUGUUUGAUACCAGUAUUGGUCCACUGGUGUACUCCAACCAGUAUCUGCAGAUUUCCACAAAACUUCCAAGUGAAUAUAUUUAUGGCUUCGGGGAACAUAUUCAUAAGAGAUUUCGUCAUGACUUAUACUGGAAAACGUGGCCAAUCUUUACUCGCGAUGAACUACCUGGUGAUAAUAAUCACAAUCUCUAUGGACAUCAGACAUUCUUCAUGGGCAUUGAAGAUAACUCUGGGAAGUCAUAUGGUGUUUUUCUUAUGAACAGCAAUGCAAUGGAGAUUUUCAUCCAGCCAACUCCAAUAAUUACUUACAGAGUCACUGGCGGCAUACUAGACUUUUACAUAUUUCUUGGGGACACACCAGGACAAGUAGUUCAACAAUACCAAGAGCUCAUUGGACUACCAGCAAUGCCAGCGUAUUGGAGUCUUGGAUUUCAACUGAGUCGCUGGAAUUACAAGUCACUAGACGUAGUCAAAGAAGUAGUCAGAAGAAACCGGGAAGCUGGCAUCCCAUAUGAUGCACAAGUCACUGACAUUGACUACAUGGAAGACAAAAAGGACUUUACUUAUGAUGAAGUUGCUUUUAAAGGGCUUCCUGAAUUUGCUCAGGAUUUACAUAACCACGGACAAAAAUACGUGAUUAUCUUGGACCCUGCAAUAUCUAUAAAUAAGCGUGCCAAUGGAGCAGACUAUGAGACAUACUUGAGGGGAAAUGAACAAAAUGUUUGGGUGAAUGAGCCAGAUGGAACCACACCACUCAUUGGAGAGGUAUGGCCAGGGUUAACAGUGUACCCGGAUUUCACUAACCCCAGAACCAUGGACUGGUGGGCAAAUGAAUGCAGUAUUUUCCAUCAGCUAGUGGAGUAUGAUGGACUUUGGAUUGACAUGAAUGAAGUUUCCAGCUUUAUUCAAGGUUCCCUGAAAGGAUGUGCUGCCAAUCAACUGAAUUAUCCUCCUUUUACUCCUGGUAUUCUUGACAGACUUUUGUAUUCCAAAACUCUUUGCAUGGACGCUGUGCAGCACUGGGGAAAACAGUAUGAUGUCCACAGUCUGUAUGGAUACAGCAUGGCUAUCGCCACAGAAAAAGCUGUGGAAAAAGUUUUUCCAAAUAAGAGAAGCUUCAUCCUCACGCGGUCUACAUUCGCUGGCUCUGGAAGGCACGCCGCUCAUUGGCUUGGAGACAACACAGCCUCUUGGGAGCACAUGGAAUGGUCCAUCACUGGAAUGCUGGAGUUUGGUCUAUUUGGCAUGCCUUUGGUAGGGGCAGACAUCUGCGGAUUUGCAGCUGAUACCACAGAAGAACUCUGCAGAAGAUGGAUGCAACUCGGAGCCUUUUAUCCGUUUUCUAGAAACCACAAUGCUGAAGGCUAUGCGGAGCAGGACCCUGCAGUUUUUGGACUAGACUCUCUUUUGGUAAAGACAUCCAGGCACUACUUAACCAUCCGCUACACUCUACUGCCUUUCCUCUACACUCUGUUCUACAGAGCCCACGUGUUUGGGGAAACGGUUGCGAGGCCAUUUCUUCAUGAGUUUUAUGAAGACCCAAACAGCUGGAUUGAGGAUCUGGAAUUUCUAUGGGGCCCUGCACUACUUAUCACUCCUGUUUUGAAACCGGGACUGAAAACCGUGAGUGCAUACAUUCCCGAUGCUAUCUGGUAUGAUUAUGAAACAGGUGAAAAAAGGCCAUGGAGGAAAGAAAGGGUUAACAUGUACCUUCCAGAAGAUAAAAUAGGAUUACAUCUUAGAGGAGGUUAUGUCAUCCCUACCCAGCAACCUGAUGUAACAACAACAGCGAGCCGUAAGAAUCCUCUAGGCCUUAUUGUUGCAUUAGAUGAAAAUCAGACAGCAAAAGGAGACUUCUUCUGGGAUGAUGGGGAAACUAAAGAUACCAUCCAAAGGGGAAACUAUAUACUAUAUGAAUUUUCAGUUUCUAAUAAUAACUUGGUUGUUACUUGCACACAUUCAUCAUAUUCAGAAGGAACUGCCCUUGCAUUUAAAACAAUCAAAGUCCUUGGGCUGACGGACAGUGUGACAGAGGUUACAGUAGGAGAAAAUGAGCAGCAAAUGACUGCUCAUUCCAAUUUCACUUUUGAUGCUUCCAAUAAGGUUCUCUCAAUUACGGAUCUCAACUUCAACCUUGGAAAGAGCUUUAUAGUUAGAUGGAAUCAAGUUUUCUUAGACACUGAGAGAUUCUCCUGUUACCCGGAUGCAGGCACAGCGACUCAGCAAGCGUGUGUACAGCGAGGCUGCAUAUGGAAGGAGGUGAAUGUGCCAUACAACCUGCCUGACUGUUACUUUCCUUCAGAACACGAUCCCUACUUGUUAACUUCAACUCAAUACUUUCCAACUGGUAUAACAGCAGAACUUCAGUUAAAUUCUGCAAAUACCAGAAUAAAUCUUCCAUCCAAUCCCAUAUCCAAUCUUCGUGUGGAAGUAAAAUACCACAAGAAUGACAUGUUACAAUUUAAGAUUUACGAUGCCAAUCAUAAGAGAUAUGAAGUUCCUGUACCACUAAACAUUCCUGACACCCCUCAAAGCUCUUAUGAAAACAGACUCUAUGAUGUAGAAAUCAAGGAAAAGCCUUUUGGCAUCCAGGUUCGAAGGAGAAGCAGUGGAAGGCUUAUCUGGGAUUCUCGGCUACCUGGCUUUACCUUCAAUGAUCAGUUCAUUCAGAUAUCUACUCGUCUGCCAUCACAAUAUUUAUAUGGCUUCGGGGAAGCGGAACACACAGCAUUCAAGCGAGACUUAAAUUGGCAUACUUGGGGGAUGUUCACAAGAGAUCAGCCUCCUGGAUAUAAACUAAAUUCCUAUGGGUUCCAUCCCUAUCAUAUGGCUUUGGAGGAUGAAAGCAAUGCUCAUGGAGUUCUGUUACUGAACAGCAAUGGAAUGGAUGUUACAUUCCAACCAACACCUGCUUUAACAUACCGCACAAUUGGAGGAAUCUUGGAUUUUUACAUGUUUUUGGGACCAUCUCCAGAAGUUGCAACAAUGCAAUACCAUGAAGUGAUUGGCUUUCCAGUCAUGCCACCUUACUGGGCUCUAGGAUUCCAGUUAUGUCGUUAUGGAUACAGAAACACUUCAGAGAUUGAACAACUGUAUAAUGACAUGGUGGCUGCUCAAAUCCCCUAUGAUGUUCAGUAUACAGACAUUAAUUAUAUGGAAAGGCAACUAGACUUCACAAUUGGUGAACGAUUUCAAACACUUCCUCAGUUUGUUGACCGAAUAAGAAAUGAAGGAAUGAAAUAUAUCAUUAUACUGGAUCCAGCAAUUUCAGGAAACGAAACAGAUCCUUACCCUGCCUUUGACAGAGGAAUACAGAAAGAUGUUUUUGUCAAAUGGCCUAACACAAAUGAUAUUUGUUGGGCAAAGGUUUGGCCAGAUUUACCUAACAUCGAAAUAGAUGAGACUAUAACAGAAGAUGAAGCUGUUAAUGCUUCCAGAGCACAUGCAGCAUUUCCAGACUUCUUCAGGAAUUCUACAGCGGAGUGGUGGGCAAAAGAAAUUUACGAUUUCUACAAUGAAAAAAUGAAGUUUGAUGGCUUGUGGAUUGAUAUGAAUGAGCCUUCAAGUUUUGUAAAUGGAACAGUUACUAAUAAAUGCAGAAAUGAUACACUAAAUUACCCACCUUAUGCUCCAGAACUCACAAAAAGAACUGAGGGGCUACAUUUCCGAACCAUGUGCAUGGAGACGGAACAGAUUCUUAGUGAUGGGUCACGAGUUUUGCACUAUGAUGUGCACAAUUUAUAUGGAUGGUCACAAGUGAAACCCACUCUGGAUGCAAUACAGAAGACCACUGGCCUGAGAGGAAUAGUCAUCUCUCGGUCCACUUAUCCCACUGCUGGUCGAUGGGGGGGACACUGGCUCGGAGACAAUUAUGCAAAAUGGGAUAAUAUGGAAAAAUCCCUCAUUGGUAUGCUGGAGUUUAAUCUUUUUGGGAUACCAUAUGUUGGAGCAGAUAUCUGUGGUUUCUUCAAUGAUUCAGAAUACCAUCUCUGUGCUCGUUGGAUGCAAGUUGGAGCCUUUUAUCCAUAUGCGAGAAAUCACAACAUUCAAUUUACUAGAAGGCAAGAUCCUGUUUCCUGGAAUGAAACUUUUGCUGAAAUGUCAAGGAAGGUUCUAGAACACAGAUACACUUUGCUGCCGUAUUUCUACACACAGAUGCAUGAAGCCCACGUUCACGGUGGCACUGUCAUCAGACCCCUAAUGCACGAGUUCUUUGAUGAUAAGACAACCUGGGAAAUAUACAAGCAGUUCCUGUGGGGUCCAGCUUUUAUGGUGACCCCUGUCCUUGAGCCUUUCAGGGACAGUGUGAAUGGCUAUGUCCCCAAUGCUCGGUGGUUUAACUACCAUACGGGGGAAGAUAUAAAGGUAAGAGGACAACAUCAAGUCUUUCCAGCUCCUUUUGAUGAAAUCAAUCUACACGUCCGAGGAGGUUAUAUUCUACCAUGUCAAGAACCCAGUCGGAACACACAUCUCAGUCGAAAGAACCCCAUGAAGCUCAUCGUUGCUGCAGAUGAUAACCAAAUGGCACAAGGAACUCUGUUCUGGGAUGAUGGAGAGACCAUAGACACUUAUGAAAAAGAUCUAUAUACCUUGAUACAAUUCAAUUUAAAUAAGACAACUUUAACAAGCACUGUAUUGAAAUAUGGGUAUAGAAACAAAAACGAGAUGAUACUUGGAAACAUUAAUGUCUGGGGAAAAGGAACAGCCAGAGUCAAUGAGGUUAAUUUGAUUUAUGGUGGAAAUACAGAACAAGUUACAUUUACUCAAGAUGAAGCCAAGGAGAUUCUAAUAAUUGACCUGAAAAAUAAGAAUGUUACUCUUGAUGAACCAAUAGAAAUCAGCUGGUCAUAAGUUCGAAUUUCUGAGGAGGAACUGAUAUCAGAUCCAUGGUUCACCUUCAUCUGCUUCCAUCUUUCCUGACCUCUUACAUUCUUUAAAAUAGAGUUAUCACAGUCUUUUUCUAAAUACUUCUCUAUUAUGUACAUACAAAGAAAUGCUAAUCUCAUUCUAUGAAUGCAACCUGGAGGCCACUGCUCAGCAGGUUUAACAGCAUUUGAAUAAUUAUAAUAUGUUUUAUGCAAUAGCUAGACAUGUAAACUUGUAUGCAUAUAACUAGAAUAUGCUUAAAGGAAGUGAUUUUUAAAAUAACAAUAUUUGUAAUGGCACAUUAUAUGUGAUAAUAUGUUCAAUUGUGUAGACUUAACUUAUUUAACAAAUCACAAAUUUAAUCAUUUUGUACAAUGUAUAUUACAUUAUUACAUUACAAAACAGGAAAUAAAAUGUGUAUAACUACAUUAA